ACGGAUGUCAUGAUGUGAGCACCCUGUAUAGGGAGCUAAAUCCAACCCGUUGAGCCGUAACCAACAACAGAAGCGAGGAGAAGAGAAUCUCGUGAGUAAAGGAAUGUUAUGCCCUUUGCCACUUUCUUUCAGCUCUGAUGUGGUUCCAUGGCCCGGAUAAGUACCACAGAGAAAAGGAGGACAUCGAGAGAGAGAGAGUCAGCGCGGCUGGUAUUAAACCCAAAAAGCCCUGGGAGCUUUUUACGGACACUAGUCUUCGCUGGCAGCUCUUGACCCUCGUCGUGAUCCACAUGUCCCAGCAACUCAACGGCAUUAAUGCGAUUUAUUUCUAUGCAGACUACGUGUUCACCCAGGCUGGGAUUCCAGCUGCCAAGAUUCCGUACGCUACAGUGGGAACUGGAGCUUGUGAGUGCAUCACUGCACUGACAUGUGGUCUUCUGAUCGAAUCUUUGGGAAGAAGAGCUCUGAUUAUAGGUGGAUACUCUCUCAUGAGCGUGUGCUGUGUCUGUUUCACCAUCGCCCUCACUUUUCAGGAGUCCAGCCCUUGGGUUCCCUACCUUAGUAUGAUUUGUGUUUUUGCCUUCAUUCUCAGUUUUGGCCUUGGACCAGGUGGUGUGACAAACAUUUUAACAACAGAGCUGUUUACCCAAACCGAUCGGCCUGCUGCGUACAUGAUCGGUGGAUCGAUCAACUGGAUCGCUUUCUUCUUCAUUGGCAUGAUCUUUCCAUUUAUUGUGAAUGGACUAAAGCAGUACUGCUUCCUUGUUUUCCUCGUUGUCUGUUGCUUGGUGGCCACUUAUAUCUUCUUUGUGGUCCCUGAGACCAAGAACAAGACCUUUCUAGAGAUUCAGAGUGAGUUUCACUCGAGAAAGGAGCUCAUUGCUGCCAAUGGUACCGAGGGCCCUCUACUGUCCACACCGAUGUAAAACAAAUGAUGCAUUUACAAAGCACAGUAUUUUAAAGGGCUUUAUUAUGUCUGUGUACUUAUGUAUGAAUGUGCUAAAAAUACCUGGAAAUGUAAAUCCAGAAAAUAUCUGUAAAAUUUGUGACACAGACACUGCACUACAUCAUGUGCCUUCAAAAUGAAUAAAGCCUUUUACAUCAAGGGAAGUCACAUGAUGGUAGGGACUUUCAAUAGCCUAGUAUUACAUCUUGUAUGUGUUUUAUACAAAUGAAAACUACUAUGCAAAAAUAUUACAAAGUAGCCUACUAUUUUGAAUCAGUGUACUAGGCUACUUGUAUCUGAAAUGACUUUUUAUCUUUAAUUCUGUAAAAUGGAUCCAUAUUAUAAUCUUAAGCAAGAAACAUCUCAUGAAAUCAUAUAAUUAAUUAUACUUGAAUUUAUUUUAAUGUCAGCAACAGUUUUGGCAAUAAAGGAAAUGUUUGCAAAACACAAUUGUUUGUAUCUUUCACACAGAGUCAGAUAUUUUUUUAUUCUUAACAUUCUCAAAGUUUGCAGAUACCACAAGCACUAAUCCACUGCGUCAAUCAAGCUUGAAUUCACUUUCACAUUUUAAAGCCAACAAACAUUUUUUUUCAGUGUAUAAUGGUAGUUUUUCACGGUUCU